CGGCACCGCGCGGUGCUGAUUGGCUGCCGGGCCCGCCCGUCGCCGCUGUUGCUAGGUGACGGCGGCUGUGGGGGAAGCGCCCGCCAUGUUGGAGGCGGCCGUCAUGGCGGCGGCGGAGGAGGCGGCGGCGAUGGCGGAGCUGGCGGAGCUGCUGGCGCCGGCGGCGGGCGCGGCGGCGCGGGCCGGGGCGGCCGAGGCGGCGCUGUCGCUGUCGGGGAGCGCGGCGGGGCGGCGGCUGCUGGCGGGGCGUCCGGCGGCCCUGACGGCCUUGCUGGAGCUGGCGGCGGGGCCGAGCCCGCCGGCGGCCCGCGCCGCCCGGGGCUGCCUGGUGAACGUCUCGGCCGAACCGGCGGCCCGCGGCCCGCUGCUGGCCGCCCUGCCCGCGCUGCUGGGGCUGCUGCCGGACGGGCCGGCCUGCGGGGCGCUGGCCAACCUCUGCCGGGAGCGCGGCGCGGCGCGGCGGGUGCUGCGGGGCCUGCGGGAGCGCGGGGCCGGCCUGGCGCCGCUCCUCCGGGCCCUGGGCGAGCCCCGGCCGCCGCCGCAGCUCGGGCCGCUGCUCUGCAACCUCAGCCAGCUGCCCGAGGGUCGCCGAGGGCUUCUCGACCGCUGCCGGUGCUCGGUGCAGCGGUUGCUGCCCUUCACGCAGUACAAGGAGUCCGCCGUCCAUCGCCGGGGAGUCGUGGGGGCUCUCAGGAACUGCUGCUUCGAGGCGGAGGACCACGAGUGGCUGCUGGGUGAGGAGGUCGACAUUCUGCCCUUCCUCCUCUUGCCUCUGGCAGGCCCUGAGGAGUUUCCUGAGGACGAGAUGGAAAGGUUGCCCGUGGACCUGCAGUACCUGCCCCAGGACAAACAGCGAGAGGAAGAACCUGACAUCCGGAAGAUGCUGCUGGAAGCCAUCAUGCUGCUCACAGCCACCAAGGCCGGGCGGCACAUCGUGCGGGAGAAAGGGACGUACCUGAUCCUGCGGGAGCUGCACCGCUGGGAGCGCGAGCCCGAUGUGCUGGCUGCCUGCGAGAAGCUCAUUCAGGUGCUGAUCGGGGACGAGCCCGGCCCGGGGAUGGAGAAUCUGCUGGAGGUGAACAUCCCCGAGGAGGUGGAGGAGCAGCUGCGACGCCUGGAUCGGCAGGAGGAGGAGGAGCGGUGGCGGCGGGAGGAAGAUGAGGAGGAGGAGGAGGAAGAGGCGCGGGGCUCGACGCCGUGCCCCGAGGAGCCGUCGCGGUGAGGGGCUGCCAAGCUCGGCGUUGCCCAUGGACUGAGGCUGCCGGGACCCUCGGCCCGCCGGGGGGGGGGCAGCUUGGCCCCCGUCCUCCCCACCCCUCGCCAAGCAAAUUGGGGGUCCUGUGGGACAGGGUUCCCCCACACUUCACCCAGCUCUGCCGCUCCCGCUGCGGGAUGAGGCUGAAAUGGGACACACACACACACACACACACACACACACACACACACACUGGGGAAGGGCCGAGCUGCCCCAAAGUGCCUUGUAAAAUAAAAGGUUUUCAGCCCAAA